CCAUUCUCCACUCUAGUAUUCAACCGCUCUACGCUAAUUCCAAAUUCCCAAAUCAAAACCCUAAUUCGAAUUUGAGUGUUAGCGAUGGCACCAAAGGCAGAGAAGAAGCCAGCGGAGAAGAAGCCGGCGGAGGAGAAGAAAUCGACGGUGGCAGAGUGUGUCGUUUCGACUUUCCGUGGUAUCUGAAAACUGCUUGACAUUUAUUUUCUUUCCUAGUCUUCGAUUGAGUUUCGGAUAUCAAUUGAAAGUUCAGAGUUAUGCGUUUAACUAGCGCUUUUCUUCUCACCUUACCUCCAUUUCUAAGUGUGCGUGUGCGUCAUUACUCAUCAACCAAGUUGUUUGUCGCAGGGCUUUCCUACGAUACUAAUGAACCGGUUCUCAGAGACGCCUUUGGACAACACGGUGAAAUUAUUGAAGUUAAAAUAAUAUGUGAUCAUGUUACUGGAAAAUCAAGAGGAUAUGGAUUUGUACGGUUCGUUUCUGAAACUAUAGCUGCUACAGCUCGCAAAGAAAUGCACGCCCAGAUAUUAGAUGGAAGACGCAUUCGGGUGAGUUAUGCGCACAAAGGGUAGCCACCAAUACUGCCAAACAACAAGUAAGACAGUUUUUUGGUUGCAAGUUGCAACAUAUUCAAAUUUUACCUUUGAUACUCGAAUAGUCUAUUUUGUUAGCUUAUAGUCCUUCAACCCAAGUUUUAUAUUCUCUUCUCUUGUAACUACUUAAAAAUUUAUCCAAGACCAUAGUCUCAUUCUGUGCAUGGUUUGAAUUCAUGCUCCUCAAACUUGAAAGACUAAUGUACGGUCAUCGACGGUAUCUUUAAUUUGGUCUCAGCUAUUUUCCUGUA